GGAGUGUGGAGGCAGAGAGAGAAAGUUCACAGGGAUCCAUGGAGCGGCAUGUCGCAGCACCAGUGUUUUCUACGUCUUCUUGUCCACGAUGCACUUUAGGAUUUCAGUAAGAUGCGUGUGUGUUUCCAGAUAAUUAGCUUCCUCCUCUCCGUGAACUUUCACUGCCAGCCGCUGCGAGCUCAGGAUCCCUCCUGUUGCCACCAUGCUGCCGAGUUCUCGCCUUGCAAAGAAGCUUGUGACCAGCUUGCAACUAUAAAGAGUGAGUCACGUCUGAAGCAUCUCCUCCAAAGGUUACCUGGUUACUGUCCAGAGUCUAUGAAUGAACUUUGGAUGUGCAUCAACUCCACACUUCCAGGAGUAUCCAGGAAGUCGGAUGGCUGGGUGGGGCUGGGCUGCUGUGAGCUGGCUAUCUCAGCCGAGUGUCGCAGGGAAUGCAGACAGGCAACAUCUAAAAAUGACAUAACAAAAGUCUGCAAGAAAGUCACAGAGAACUCCCUCUACAGCUGCAUCACCAAAAAUGAAAUGGGCUCUACAUGUUGUAGCUAUGCAGGGCGUCACACCACCUGCAGGGACUACUGUCAGGCAAUCUUCAGGACCGACUCGACCCCCACUGUGUCACAGAUCAGUGCUGUCAAAGACUACUGUCAGAGUCACAGCGCCCAGCUGCUCAGCUGCGUCAGCAACUUCACCAAGUCCUACCCAAUACGCAGCCCUAUAGACAGUCUGUAUUGCUGCGACCGGGCACAGGCCACCCACUGCCAGGUGGCUUGUCGUCGAAUCCUUCGCACCAUGAGCACAGAGCAUGAGAUCAUGGAGGGUCUAAUCAAGGAAUGUGGCUCCCAGCCCCUCCCGCAGGAGCCCAUGUGGCAGUGCUUUCUAGGCAGUGCCCACCCUCCUUCCCCGCCUGAAGAAGAGACUCCCCAUCCCGCAAAGAUGGACUGUGCCAAGCUGCACUGCUGCUCCAAAGCCAAUACCUCACUCUGCAGGGACAUGUGUCAGGAGAUCAGCACAAACUGGGGCAGCCAGACGUGGCAGGACUUCGACCAGCUCUGUGAGUACAACCCAGUAGAGACGGAGCUCAUCAACUGCCUGGCUGAUGUCAGAGAGCCCUGCCAGCUGGGCUGCAAGGACCUCACCUACUGCACCAACUUCAACAACAGGCCAACAGACUUGUUCCGCAGCUGUAACGUCCAGUCAGAUCAGGGCGCCAUGAACGACAUCAAACUGUGGUCCAAUGGGACGAUCAAGAUGCCGUUCAUGAACAUCCCUGUGCUGGACAUACGGAAGUGUCUGCCGGACAUGUGGAAGGCCGUGGCCUGUUCCCUGCAGAUCAAACCCUGCCACAGCAAGUCCAGAGGGAGUGUCAUAUGCAAGUCAGAUUGUGUGGACAUUCUGACCCAAUGUGGGGACAAGAAACGUUUUCACGAAGGACAAACACCAGAGAGAAUCUGUGAGUUGCUUUCACCCAUUGAUGACCCUGAACGCUGCAUCCCACUCCACAGAUACCUCAUGCCCAGUUCUCUCGGCAAUAACAUUGUUGAGGAGGUCAUCCAUCCAUGUAACCCUAACCCCUGUCCCAGCAACCACUUGUGCCAGGUCAACAGGAAGGGCUGCCUUGACGAGCUCAACUGUCAGCCUUACCUUUGUGUGCCAGGCUGUAAAUUGGGCGAGGCCUCUGAGUUUCUGGUGCAGCAGGACACUCGUAUCCAAGUGCCGACUCGCACUGGUCCUGCUGGGUGCUACGAGGUGUGCAGCUGUGGACCCAGUGGGCGCCUGGAGAACUGUGUGGAGAUGCCCUGCGUGGACACCAACAAACCCUGCAUUGUAGGAGGCCAGAGGAAGAGCCAUGGGACGUCUUUCAGGAUCAACUGUCACAGCUGCUCCUGCUUUGCUGGUGACACCAUCUGCUCCACUAGAGAGUGUUUCGGCUUCAGCAACUCAGAUGAUGACCAUCGACACUUUACUGGUCUUCCCUGUAGCUGUCCAGACCGCUUCGUGCCAGUAUGUGCCUCUAAUGGGCGGACUUAUCCCAGUGCCUGUGUGGCUCGCUGUAUGGGAUUCAAGGACCAUCAGUUUGUCUUUGGCCAGUGCCGCCUGAGUAACCCAUGCGCCAACAAACCCUGCCAGAGAAACCAGAGAUGUAUCCCAAAGUAUCGUGUAUGUCUGAGUGACUCGUCAGACUGUCUGCAGUACGAGUGUAUUGGCCGGCCAGCAGCCUGCGAUAAGAACAGUGUGGAGCCCGCCUGUGAUACUGAUGGCCUGGUCCAUCCCAAUCUGUGCCAGCUGCAGCAAGCUGGGAAAACCCUGGCCUACAUGGGCCACUGCCAGGAUGCCUGCAGGAAGCCACAGCAAGUCUGUGGACACAAUGGUGAGACCUACAACACAGUGUGCGACGCCUUCUCUGACCGGGUGGCUGUGGACUACAGGGGCCCCUGCCAUGCUGUGGGGGCCGUGUCCGAUGGGGCUCCUGACUCAGCCUGCAGUUUGGUUCCCUGUCCAGCUCUCUCCACUCCAGGCUGCCGUCCUGUCACCCCACCCGGAGCCUGCUGUCCCAUAUGUGCCAGCAUGCUGCAGAUCCUCUGGAACAAAGAACAGAUGAACACAUUCUCUAAGUUGAAUAAGAACAAGCCGGUGAUGGUCCACGACGUCCUUCAAACCCUGCGGCUUCACGUUUCAGUGCCACAGUGCGACGUCUUUGGCUACCUGAGCAUCGACCAUGAGCUGGUGGUCCUCAUCGCCCCAGUGGACCAGCAGCCGACACCGCUGCAGAUUGAAGCCUGCAGUAAGGAGGCUGAGAAGAUUGAUUCCCUCAUCAAUUAUUCCAGCCCCACUCUGGUCUCCCACGUCCCCCUCUCUGCCUUUCUUACCUCUGAGAUCAAGACCUCCUCCAUCCACUCCUCUGGGAGCACAGUGCCUUCCCCUCUGCCCCCCGUCCUGUACUUGCUCCUUGGCCUCCUUGUUAUGGCAGCACCUGGCCUCCACCAGCUCUAAGUGGUUAUUAUCCCAACCCAGUGUCCCCCUCACUAACUCUGAGUGUUCCAAAGUGCCCCCAGACCCUUCCUGGGAUGAUGUGGUGAGGUGAGUGUGUUCAGGCGGCCACGGAGCAAGAAGAGGCAGCGGUGAUGACAAUCAUUCCUAUUGACUGACCUGCGUUUCAAACAAUCAAGGCAGUGGAAAAGCUAUUAUUAUGGAAAGCUUUUGUAUGAACAGUAUUAUUCAAUGAUGAGCUCCUCGCUGGGCCUCCUUCCAGUGAAGUGUGCUUAAGUGUGAGUGUGUAUGUGUGACCUUUAAGAAGUAUUUGGCUUCAUACCAACAGUGUUUAUCCAUUAGUCCCAGCAGCAAGCUCUCUGAAAGCUGUUAAGUGGUAAUGUCAUUUUCAUCACUUAUUCUGCCUUGUGCCGAGGCUCUUUUUGGAUGUAUACUGAUCAGCCACAACAUUAAAGCCACUGAAAGGUGAGAUAAAUAACACUGAUCAUCUUUUUACGGUGCGUUGUUCUGCUGGGAAAUCUUGGGUUUCCACAUUUAUGUGGAUGUUACUUUGACGCAUACCACCUAAAUAUUGUUGCAGACUAAGCAUGCUUCCCCCAGCAGAACAGUAUACCCCCCCACACUGCAAAUACUGCUCAGGAACAGCUGGAGGGACACAAGCCCAAGGCGUUGAUCUGAUCUCCAAAAGUUGCCAUAUCCCAAAUUCACUGAGAUUGUGAGGGAUGAACUAACCUGAUCCACUGAGGCCCCACCUCACAAAACACAGGAACCAAAGGGUCCACUGACAACAUCCUGGUGUCAGACACUACAGGAUGCCAACAGAGGUCCUCUCUGUGUCUCACACAGUAUUCAUCAGGUGGUUUUAAUAUUGUCGCUGAUCAGGAGUAUGUGUGUGUUUAUGCACGUCUGUCAAACAAGGACACAAUAUCUUUGUCUAGCAGCACAUCUGUCAGACAAAUUACCUAAAAUUCCCUCAGCCACACGCACACACACGCAUACACACACACACACACACAGUGACUGAUGUCACUAAGUCCAGAAAUCUCUGUUCUUUGUAAAAUGCACAUUAGAUAGUCUGGUCAGCAUUUAAGUGGCACCUUUCAUCACUGUGGUGCAUGAGAAUGCAGUCUGUGGUGCACUGCACGGUGCAGUGCACGGUGCAGUGCACGGUGCAUGUACGUGUAUGUGAAGGGUAUAUGGACCUAGUGGUUGAACCUGUAACCUCAGCAGUGUUAGUGCUGUGCUCAUGGACUGAGCAAGCUCUGAUGAAACUAAUCAGCCUCCAAAUUCAGUUCUAACUACUGACCAAAGUGCCCCAAAUCUGGUAAGAUCAAAAGUCCAACUCAAAGAUCAAAUACUAAGGGAGCCCAGGUUCUGUUCUGAAGCAGCUCAGUGGUCAAACUGAGACCUAAAUCACUUUGAACUGCUGACAUGAAUGUUUCUCUAAAACAAACUUUCUAUCAUGUGGUGCUCAUAAGGUGCCAUUGAUGUAUGCAAGUACAUUCUGAGUGCAUCAGAGACAAAAUAAAUAGUAAAAAUAAUAUCACAAUGUUAUUCACAAUGGGAGUCGUAGAAGAUUCAAAUAAAUACACACAAAUUGAUAUAUUGUAUAAUUGAUCCUUUGUCAAAACAGUUCUUCAGGUUCCACAAGUCAUGCAUAAUUAGUAUUAAUGCAAAGGUCUUUAUAUGUUAGUUUUUUUAUUCCCUUGAUGUAAAUUUUAGUUCAGCCAACUAAUUGAUCAAUUGACUUAUCAUGUGUCAUCUCUUUUCCACAUGGACAUUAGGGAACUGAGACUUUAUAAAAUGAAUUCAGCACAGUUCUCACAACUUUUUAGCCAGUUUUUCAGACUUUUGUCACACAGUAAUGCAGCUGCUAAUGGAGGACAAGACGUCAAAACUCAAGGCUCUGUCUGGUGCAGUACAGCAUUGUUUAACAAGCUGAUUCCAGUAGACACAGACUCUGGCGUUAUGACACACUAAAUUAAUACGUUUUGUAUUGCUUUAAUUUUUUUUUACUGCCUUUGUCCUAUUAGAUGUUUAGAAUUCCCAGUAAAGACAUCACAGUGACAUGGACUAAUAGAUUUCUGUGUUGUGAGUCUAACUGAGGCACUGUAAUAGAGUAUUUUAUGAGCACCGCUUCUAAUAAAGGGCUACCCAGAUGUUUUCUCAACCGCAGGUGGACAGUCCAAUAUAGUAUAAAGCAGCAGAACAGCCUGGAUGGUCACUCCCUGUGUGUUAGGCCAGUAGUUCGGACAAGCAUUAAAAGGGAUGUUACCUUUCUGUACAUAAGAACUAGAAGCCAUUUAAUAAGAAAAGGACAAUCAGCUAGUCGCUACCUACAAUCCACUUUGGGUAGAGAAGAUUUUCCACCGUAUGCCUUGCAUAUAGUGUCUUAUAUGAAGUAAUAAUGAAAAUGCAAUAACUUUAUAUUUGUUAAAAAAAAAUGUCUCUAUAUUUGAUAUGUAUCUGAUAAUGGGUUGAAAUAACCUAUGUGCCAUGUCUUUUUAAACAAAUAGCUGUUAUUCCUUAUUGCAUGAUGACAAUUAUGAAGUGUGUUUACUCCAGAAUGUACCACAGUGUGUCGUCCUGUCCCGAGGUGUUUGUCUCUGCCUGUACAGCACAAUGUGUCCCCGUCUCUAACAGUAUUACUGUGCUAGGCAGCUCUGUAGCAGGGAAUCAUCACCAAAGGCUCCUCCAUCUAUUACUAUUAUUACUAUUCUUAUUACUGUUAUUAUUGUUGUUAUUAUUAUUAUGGUUACUGUUGUGUGUAUGUCCUCUGGAGCCUACAUGGAUUUGGAUUACUUUUCAAUAUUUUGUGUGUUAUCAGUGUUUAUUUCAUCUUAUAUCAGAAAAACACAAAAAAUUAAAGACUUCACACCUG